AUGAAGAGGGGAUUCAAAGGCAGCAGUUCGUCAAAUUCAGGGCCUUUUUUCCAGCUUCCUAUCAACUACGGUGCAGCACUGAUGUCAACACAGAAGGACUUCUGUUUGCCCUUUGACAUUAUGCAGGCAUGGCAGGCAGGCCUUUUACGCAAAAGCAUGCAACCGGAACCCUUUAUCAAGAUUCGGAGCAAUAUUUUUCUUGAGCGGAAACGGCGUAUAGAAACAAGUCCUAUGGUGUGCCAUUGCACGCCGCCACCACCAGGAGCAGGAAGAGUGGGGUGUGGUGAAGACUGCUACAAUCGCGUCAUGUUCUACGAGUGCAUCUCUGCACAUUGCCCGUGCGGAGACCAAUGCUCAAAUCAGCGGUUCCAAAAAAAGCACAAAGAGGACCAUCUCCGGGUCAUCUGGACGAAGGAGAGAGGUUUUGGUAUCCAGACGAUAGAGCCCAUCAAGAAGGGCACCCUGGUGAUCGAGUAUCGCGGCGAAGUGAUAUCGCAGAGCGAGUGUCACAGACGCAUGGAAACCAUAUACAAAAACAACAAGAACUUUUAUUUCCUCGAGUACGAAAAGGGAGAGGUGGUUGAUGCUUGCCAGAAAGGAACCAAUGCCCGAUUUGUCAACCACAGCUGUUCACCCAACAGUCAAAUUGAAAAGUGGUUCUUGAACGGAGAGAUGAGCAUUGGUAUCUUCGCGUCUCAGGAUAUACCCGCAGGAGUGGAAAUCAGCUACGACUACAACUUCUCCUCGUUCCGUGGUGCCCAAAAACAAAAGUGUCGAUGCGGAGCUCCCAAUUGCCGAGGCUACAUUGGUGAGCGAGUCAGCAAAAGCAAGGAGUCGGGCAAUUCACCUAGCCCACAAUCUUCAGCACGGAGCGGCAAAAAGACGGAUGCACGAAAACGCAAGGCUGGACGUCGCAAAGUAAGCCUUGAGGACGCUUUUUUUUUUUUUUUUUGUAAAUGUGGCAGGGCCCAUGUAGAUAUAAAUUACUCAAUGUUCUCAUUCCUUUUAUUUUUUGAAAGGUCAACGAUCAGGAACCGAGUUCCUUGCGCCGUGUACAAAUGCCGAGUGUGCGUCAGAUUCGAGAACGUCAAUCAGACAAGUACAAGGAGGGCAAAAUGGCAGCGAUUCGAUACACGAAACUGUUUCUCUUCCGCAACAUCCGCCUUGUAG